CCUGGUUGGUCCAUCCUGGGAACGCGACCAUUUCUAGUAAUAGAAUACUCUCGUCUUUAUCUGCCCAAUAAACAAUUCAUCCCAUCACUCUCGCUCUUUCUCCCUUGUUGCGUAGCUGCGUUGGCCUUUAUUUUAGUUUGCACGCAUUCGUUUAUCUCUUCACAGGACACGACGGUCGGUGACCCCCACACACUGCACUGCGUGCGUGCAAAAGCUUCGUCUCAAAAGUCUAGUUCCUUCCCCAGACUCCCCUGCUCCUGUUCUUCUCCCUAUUUAUCUCCUCCUCCACCUCCAAAAAGGAUGUGUUCUUGAGCUAGAUAGUGGGAGAUUACAUUGAUGGGGAACUAUAGAUUUCGGCUGUCUGACAUGAUGCCCAAUGCUUGGUUCUACAAGCUCAAGGACAUGAGUCACAUAGCAAAUAGGAGCAAGAAGCAGGCGCCUCCGCCGCCGCCGCCGGCUAAGCUCCUCCCGGGCAGAGCCUCCUUGUACUACUCCAGCAGAGCCGAGGCGGAGAGGUUCUCAUUCUCCCCCACCAAAAGCAAAGCCCUGGCCGACCGUUUCGAGGAGCAGCCGCGGAAGUCCAAGAGAGGAAGCAGGAAGAAGCCCCCCGCCGCGCGGCCGCGGCUGGUCGCCUCCGCCGCCGCCGAAUUAGCACCGCCGGAGACGCCGCGCGAGGGCUCCGACUUCGCUGGCGGCGAGUCCGACCCGUGCUGUUGCAGAGUCAUCUCCUCUGCCACCGACAUCAUCAUCGACUUGGGCGCCGGUGACUCCGUCGAGCUCAAUCUCCGGCCGGUCGCGACGAAGCCGGUACUGCAAGGCGGCACGUAUUCUGUGGGGUCUGACGAGACGCAGGAACAGAGGCGACCGUCGUUGUCGUCGUCCCGCCGGCUACGGGUGCGCGCCAACUCCCCGAGGCUGGCCCACCGGAGCAGAGCAGCGCGGAGGCAGAAGAAGGCGCUGCCGGAGAGUGCCUUGGCGGUGGUGAAGACGUCGUCGGACCCGCAGAGGGACUUCCGGGACUCCAUGAUGGAGAUGAUCGUGGAACACAACAUCCGCGCUUCCAAGGACUUGGAGGAGCUCCUCGCUUGCUAUCUGUCGCUCAACUCCGACGAGUACCACGAUCUCAUCGUCAACGUGUUCAAGCAAAUUUGGUUCGAUCUCAAUUAAUUACGUACUAAUCUCUAUGAUCACGAGAGAGUUGUAGAUCGAAUCCGUUCCUGAAAUUUAUAGGAGAUUAUGUAGUCUUCAACG